AUGCACAAGGAGAAGGAAGAACUCCACGUGCACCGACGAGACCACUCACACUAUGACCACGUCAUGCCGGACGGGGAGAUGUUCUUACAGGCUCUCAACGGUUUUCUGAUGAUCUUGACAUGCGAAGGGGAAGUUUUCUUCGCGACGCAUAGCAUAGAAAGCUACCUCGGCUUCCAUCAGUCAGAUAUAGUUCACCAAUCAGUUUAUGAGCUGGUCCACUCUGAAGAUCGGGAGGAGCUACAGAGGCAGUUGUUAUGGAACUCCUUCCUUUCCCCCGAAGCAAGCAACCUGACGCUUCAAGACGUUCUUCGACCAGAGCGAACGCAUCUACUGGAAAGAAGUUUUACCGUCCGAUUUAGAUGUUUACUUGACAAUACUUCUGGAUUCUUGAGGCUGGACAUUCGAGGACGCAUCAAAGUUCUUCACGGCCAAAACAAGAAAACAGAAGAACCUCCGUUAGCGUUGUUUGCAAUAUGCGCACCCUUUGGCCCACCAAGUUUGUUAGAAAUACCACAGAAGGAGGUCAUGUUCAAGAGCAAACACAAGCUCGACCUCUGUCUAGUCUCAAUGGACCAGAGGGGUAAAAUGUUAUUAGGCUACACGGAUGCGGAGCUGGCGAAUAUGGGUGGCUACGACCUAGUGCAUUACGACGACCUAGCCUACGUGGCCAGUGCUCACCAGGAGUUACUCAAAACUGGCGCAUCGGGAAUGAUCGCGUACCGCUUCCAGACAAAAGACGGCCAAUGGCAGUGGCUGCAGACUUCUUCCAGACUCGUCUACAAAAACUCUAAGCCAGAUUUUGUCAUCAGCACGCACAGGCCUCUUAUGGAAGAGGAAGGAAGAGAUCUCCUGGGAAAGAGAACUAUGGACUUCAAAGUGAGCUACCUCGACACUGGCCUCACCAGUCUCUACUUCUCGGAAACCGAACAAUUGUCUGGCUGCGAAUCGACAGUGACCACACCCCCUAGAGCAGCGAGACGGUACAAGACCCAGCUCCGCGACUUCCUCUCGACCUGUCGAAAUAAACGCAGAGUUCCUUCUACGCCGGCUCCUCCACCUGUAGAAUAUCUAGCAGCUGAUGCCGUUGCCGCAGCAUAUACCAACCUAAAUGGAGCUUACACAGGUCCUUACGGGGAAUACCCUCCAGCUCCACCAUUACAUUACGCUCCGCCACCAUUAGACGAGAGGUUUUUGGCGGCGGACAACCUCUUCCAUCAAUAUAAGCCCCUAUCGUACCAUUAUACACCUUACGCGCCCAACGGUUUCCUAGAACCAGCGCCACCCCCCGGAUACGAAGUAGCCCCCCACAUAUCAUAG